AUGAUGAUUCAACAAUCUCUCUUCUCUGCCUCACUUGCCCUGCUACUCACUUUCUUCUACACUACCAUAUCAGCUCAACUGUCACCAGUUCAAACUCCAACAACAUCUCCCACAAUCCCAAAAUUACCACCAUCCUCUCCACAAGCUACUCCGCCUGGAAUGAACAUUGUUCCCCUUGUACCCGUGUCACCCAAUGGAGCCCCUACACCAACUAUAGCCAAAGCUCCCACCAUAGACAUAGUUCAAAUUCUUAAGAAGGCUAAAAGAUUCUCCACACUCAUUCGCCUAUUGAAGACAACCCAAUUGAUAAACCAACUCAAUUCUCAGCUUGUGACUUCAGGCUCAGGAGGAUUAACCAUUUUCGCCCCAGAUGACAGUGCCUUUUCCAAGGUAAAAGCAGGGUUCCUCAACUCACUCAAUGACGGAGAAAAGGUUGAACUUUUACAAUUCCACACACUUUCUUCUUUCAUUUCAAUCUCCAACUUCGACACUCUCACUAACCCGGUUCAAACCCAAGCCGGUGACGACCCCAAAAGGCUUCAACUUAACGUCACCACUUACGGCGGCAGCCAAGUCAGAAUGACCACCGGCGCCGUUAAUGCCACCGUUACCGGCACCGUGUAUGCGGAUAACAAGCUUGCUAUUUUUCGGGUUGACAAAGUGCUUCUUCCACUUGAUGUUGUUCUUCCUAAGCCUAAGGCUCCGGCACCGGCACCGGCGAAAGGAGGUUCACCUAAAUCUGAUUCAUCUGCAGACAAAAGUGGUGAUGAUAACAAAAAUACUAACGAUGAUGAUGGUGCUGUCCCGGUGGACACUUCCGCAGGUUAUGUGAGUUUUAAGGUUCAUGUACUGUUGAUGCCUUUUGUUCACUUGCUUCUGUUGCUGCAGUUAUGA